AUGUACCGGCGCACGUAUUUGCUGCUGAUUGUCGUCCGUCUCUGGCUCGCUUUGUCCCCGAGCUACCUCCAUCCUGACGAAAACUUCCAAGGCCCCGAAGUCAUUGCAGGCAAGAUCUUCAAAUACCCCGUCCGGCUUACCUGGGAGUUCACGAGCGACGACCCUAUUCGAAGUGUCUUCCCGCUUUGGCCCAUCUAUGGCCUGCCUAUGCUUCUGCUGCAGUGGCUAUGGAUGGGAAACGGUAAUGAAGGCGAAGUACCUCCGAUCGCGGUCUUCUGGACGUUGCGCGCCAUCAUGUUCAUUCUCAGCUUUGUCCUCGAGGACUGGGCCAUUCACGAGCUGAUCCAGUCACCACGACACCGGCGAGUCGCCGUCCUCCUCGUUGCCUCUUCAUAUGUCACCUGGACAUACCAAACACAUACCUUUUCGAACGCGAUAGAGACCUUGGUCGUUGCAUGGAGUCUGGUCUUGAUCGAGAGGACCAUCGCGGUCCCGGUCAACACACACCAGACUCCUCUCCUGGCGCCUGCUGUCCUUGGCUCCAUGGUCGUGUUCGGAUUCUUCAACCGCAUCACGUUUCCAGCGUUCCUACUUAUACCAGGCUUGCGUCUGAUUCCUUAUUAUUGGAAGUCACCACUCGCAUUUACAGUCACAGCGCUCUCAGCUCUCUCCACGGCAUUUGUUGCGAUCGCUCUUGAUACAGCGUUCUACUCGCCCAAUCAGAUAUCGUGGAGUGAUUUGUUCCGGCACCCCGUCAUUACGCCUCUCAAUAACUUGAUGUACAACAUUUCCCCUUCGAACCUGGCGCAGCAUGGACUGCACCCCUGGUAUCAACAUAUUCUUUUUAAUCUUCCGCAGCUGAUUGGACCCGCUGCCAUUCUACUCUUCACACGCCCACAUCUGUCGUUGAGGCUGUACUCGGCGAUCUCGGGAAUAUCCGUAUUAUCUAUAUUUCAGCACCAAGAAGCUCGUUUUCUGCUGCCUGCAGUCCCCUUGAUCCUCUCAUCGGUUCGAUUGCCACAGCAGAAGAACGUCUUGCGGCUCUGGGUUGCGGCAUGGAUCAUAUUCAACUUGAUUUUCGGCACACUGAUGGGUAUAUACCAUCAAGGCGGUAUCGUUUCAGGUCAAGUAUUUAUGAGCCAACAGCCCGAUGCGACGAGAGCGAUUUGGUGGAAGACAUAUAUGCCGCCGAUCUGGUUGCUUGACGGAAAGGCUGAGGUGCUUGAGACGCGCGACGUGAUGGGUAUCCCGGGCGAGGAGCUCUACGCCGAGCUGAACAAGAUCGCAACGUGCGACACGCCAGCGGACCGCCGGAACAAGGAGUAUCUGAAGGAAAAGGACGGGACCUACCUAAUCGCGCCAACAUCUGCUACGUGGCUCGACCCUUACUUGAAGAACAAAGGACUAGAUGGUCUUCGGUUUCGAGAAGUGUGGAGGCACAGGCAUCAUUUGAACCUAGAUGAUAUGGAUUUCGCGGAGGAUGGCGUUUGGAACACUCUGAAAAGGGUCAUUGGGCGGAGGGGAUUGGCGGCAUGGAGGGUAACAAAAUCUUGCAAUUAGGUGCAUGGAUAAAGUACUGGUUAAAAAUGGCAUCGAGAUACCCCUG